AUGUCCGACCCAUCCAAAGGCCACGUGCGCAUCGACCACGAGUUUGCCCACGACUACCUUUCCUACGACGCAGGCGUCACUUUGCAGCCCUGCGUCAAGGCCUCGUGCUACUUCCGCAGGAAGCCCGGCGUCUCGUUUGACCACUUUACCAAGCACUGGGCCUCGGUGCACGCCGACCUCACCGUGGCCGCGCCGCCCUUUGCCCAGUACAACGUCCUCCGCUACGUCCAGCACCACACGUCGCCCGCGGCAAAGGCCCGUCUCGCCAAGAUGGGCCAACAGGUCCUCGACUUUGACGGCUGCUCGACGCUCUGGUUCCGCAACUGGGACGACUACGAACAGUUCUUUACGGCGCCCGACUUUUCGGAGCUCGUGGCCGACGGCGACCUCUUCAUGGACACGUCGUCCGUCACCGUGUACGCGGGCCAUGACAUGAUUGCGUUUGGAAAAGGCCACCCGGGCAUCGACACGAGCGACGGCAUCGCCCAGCCCAACACCGCAGAGGGGUAG